CGCGCUCCUCUGGCUUCCGUGGAGCCGCUGUCGGCACUUCUCUGCUGCCCGCGCCCCUGCUCCCCGGGAGCGGUCCCUUCCCUUUAAAUCGCCCUACUCGUGGACUCCCGCCACCACUCAUGGAUCCUUUCCGCAUGCAGCAAAAGGACCUUUCUGUAAAGAAGAACUUCAAAAAUUUCAGAAAUGUGAAAUUGAUUUCCAUGGAAACCUCGUCAUCCUCUGAUGACAGUUGUGACAGUUUUGCUUCUGAUAAUUUUGCAAACACAAAGCCCAAAUUCAGGUCAGAUAUCAGUGAAGAACUGGCAAAUAUUUUUUAUGAGGACUCUGAUAAUGAAUCUUUCUGCGGCUUUCCAGAAAGUGAGGCACAAGACCUAAGAGGGGAUUGUGGAAUUUUACACAAACCCAGACUCAGGCCAGAUAUCACUAAAGAACUGGCCAGUGUUUUUUAUGCCGACUCUGAUGAUGAAUCAUUCUGCGGCUUCUCAGAAAGCGAGAUACAGGAUGGAAUGAAAUUGGAUUCUGUUGAUGAAGGCAGAAGGACUCGGAGUAAAAUGAAACAUUUGGGUCCUUUGCAAGUGGCUCUAAAGUUUCCAACCCGAGACUUCAAAGGGGGUAGGAAGCAGAAAGUGGCCCCAACCAACGCCCCGGAAGUUCCCACUUCCAAUUCUGAUUCUGACUCUGAAGAUGAGAAAGGCUCCAGUUUUUUGGAAAAGCGGGCGCUCAAUAUAAAGGAAAACAAGGCAAUGCUUGCAAAAUUAAUGUCAGAAUUACAAAGUUUCCCGGGAUUAUUUACUGGAAGGAGAUCACUUCCAGGUAGUAGCCCACCGUCAAAGCCAAAUCGAAGGCGCUCCUUCCCAAGAGACCCCUCAAGGAGAAACCCUGAACGAAGAGCUCGUCCACACACCAGGUCAAGGUCUCUGCUGGAAGGACCCCCAGAUCUGCACUUAGAAGAUGAAAUAGAUUUUGAGGACAAGUACAUGUUAGUGAGAAAAAGGAAGAGCAUCGAUGGCUAUGUGGAUGAUGAUGCCAUACCCAGAAGUCGUCGCCCAGGUACCAUGACCCUUCCUCAUAUUGUUCGUCCAGUGGAAGAGAUUACAGAGGAAGAGUUGGAAAACGUCUGCAUCUCCUCCCGGGACAAGAUCUACAACCGUUCAUUAGGUUCCACCUGCCACCAGUGUCGCCAGAAGACUAUUGACACCAAGACAAACUGCAGAAACCCAGAAUGUUUUGGAGUUCGAGGACAGUUCUGUGGCCCCUGUCUUCGAAAUCGAUACGGUGAAGAGGUCAAAAUAGCAUUGCUGGACCCAAAUUGGCAUUGCCCACCUUGUCGUGGAAUCUGCAACUGCAGCUUUUGUAGGCAGAGAGAUGGACGAUGUGCAACUGGUGUUUUGGUAUAUUUGGCCAAGUACCAUGGUUUUGGAAAUGUGCAUGCUUAUUUGAAAAGUCUGAAGCGGGAAUUUGAAAUGGAGGCGGAAAAUUGAUGAAGGAUUCACUGGCACAGUUUCCUUUCUCUAAUCUCUUUGUUAAACUUCAAUAAUCUUGGGCAGUUGGUGGUUAAACAACUUCAGGUGUCAAUCUCAAUAAUCAGUAUUUUUUUAUAGUGGGGCCAAAUUAAGAUAAGAUUAAAAUCCGUUUUUGGAAGCACAAGUAAUAUAAGUUAAAGGUUGCAUUGUAGUUUUAUGCUCUGUCCCUCACCCCGCUAUCACUGACCAUAAAAUGAUUUCAUUGAAAUACAUUCGACUUUGUCCUUUUAGUACUUGUGGGAGGAAGGGGGAUGGUUCAUGAUUGGGGAUAAAGCCCUGGAACCUAACGAUAUAACAAAACACUUGGAAAUGCCUAAUUAAGUAUUUUUAGGUAACUAACCCUCCUAAUAUAGUACUUCACAUCCGUUGAGUAUUCUGGCAAGAGGUAGACUCAGUACUUAGAAACGACAUAGAAGAUGACAUGAUAGGUACAGAGGACGGAGUGUGGUAUUAUAGAAUCUACUGAGCCCACAGAGCCUGCACUUGAAUUCCAGGGUUUCUGUUGUCAUGGGAAUUACUUGCUUAUAAACUUUUUUGUACAUCAAGAGAUUUAAAAUAUGCAUGUACUGGUUCAUAAUUACCUUUGUGGUAUAAAAUUUCAUGUGCUGUAUACAGUUAUAUACUUGAAUCUGCAUUUUAAAAAAAAAAAAUCAUAGCAACCAAAAAGUAUAAGAACUUCAGUAUUAGAUGUGCCUAACGGUUUCCCCUCCUCUUUUCCCCAAUAAUCUUGCAGUUGAAAACUGGACUAACCUUAAAAUUCUUGGUGUUAGACUUAAACAUACCUGCUUUUUCUCCCCUGUGUUUUAUACAGUUCCUAUGUAGGGUAUUUCAAAAUAUCUCUUAGACCAUAUUGUAUGGAAAGUUGGCAUAAGUAAUAGCCUACAGUGCUUAGCAUUUCUGCUUGACUGAAGAAAAUAACAGGCCAUGCACAGAGUUGACUUUAGAUUUUAUGUUCUCUACUGCAGCCUGGAAAGUGCCUUAUUGGAAGAAAUCAAAUGGUUAUGACCAAAGUACUUUCUGAUCCCGUUUUAGUCUGUGGGAUAACAUCCAUGUUUGGCUUUUAGUAUUAAUCAAAUUAGAUUGGGAGACGGGACAUUUUUAUGUUCUGAAGGGGUCUGUUGUACUUUCCUAUACACAUAGCAUCGUGUCAUGGUUUUCAUGCAGUGUUGGACACAUAAUUAGAUCUUAUAUCAGAAAACAGCAAACGUUGUAAAUAGGUCUUUAGAUCUGUAAUGUUCUUUUG